GCAGAGAGAGGAGAGCGAGCGAGAGCGAUAGAUAGGAGGCAGAAGAAGAAAUGAUUCUUUUUCAAAGACAUGUGAAGCAAAGAAGCCAUUUCCAACGAAAAAAAUGGCAGCUUUAUUUGUUCUGAAGGAACUGAUCGCCUGGCUGUGUUCUUUAGAUUAGGUUAAAAUUAUUUCCUUCUUCGGUAUCCCAGUAGAAUUACCCCUCCACAAAAUAUCGGAUCGAAGAGGUCGAAAGUCCAAACUUUUGCCCUUUUUUUAUCAUUUUUUGCUACAACAUUUUGUAAAGAUUCAGAUCCUACGAUGCAAUUGGUAAUAUGGAAAAGGUUUCAGAAUGGGUAUGGAAUGUAGGUAUUGUGAAAAGUGGAAGGAGCAGUGUAGAAAGUUUGAAGAACAUUUCUACUGGGGACAUGUUGAUGUAAGGAGGAUGCAUUUCUCCAAGUUCAUGACUGGAGAUUUCUCAAAAUGCAUGGUCAUACCAAAGAAGUUUAUUGAGAACUUUAAUGGUGAGCUACUUGAAACUGUUGAGCUGAAGGCCCCAAGUGGUGAUAUAUGGCAUGUUGAAUUAAAGAAGACGAAUGACGGAGUUGUUCUUGAUUGCGGUUGGAAGUAUUUUGUUGAAGCUUAUGGUAUUCAAGAAAACGACACAUUGGUGUUCAAAUAUGAUGGCUGCUCUUCCUUUCUUGUCUUGAUGUUUGAACAAAGUGGUUGUGAGAAACCUGCUUCUCAUCGUCUAAAGAAAGGGGAUCCUAUGGAUAAUUUAUGUGCAAUACCUUCUGUCAAAAGGGCCAGAAAUGAUUCCAGUGUAAGUUCUUAUGGACAUACCGAGCAAGAACAGCCUAUAACUUCACAACACAGGAACUCGAGAGCAAAUAGAAGUGCGGAGAAGAAUCAAGUCAGGGUGAGGAAGAAUUCCAGAAGAAUUUAUAGGCCUAAGAACCCCUUAAUUGCUUCCAGAAAAAAGAAAGCUGCAAGAGAAGAUGAAAGAUGUAUCAUAAAAGCCAUAGAAAACCCCGCCAAUGAAGUCUCUUUGGAUGAGCUUUGUAGUGCAAACAUGUACUUCGUUUCAAGAAAGGCAAGAGUUAGUGACGCAGAAAAGAAAAAAUUGCUUAGCUUUGCUAAAUCAAUUCAAACAGACAAGCCUUCGUUUGUAUCAAUCAUGGUGCCUUGCAGCAUUGUCAAAAGAUUUUAUAUGACCAUUCCCAUUGCCUUUGCAAUGAAGCAUCUUCCUCGAACUAGCAAUAGAGUUUUUCUUCGAGUUCCUGACGAGCAGAGGCUUUGGCAAGUGCAUUGCCUUGUUCAGGCUCGUUCAGUAGGGUUUACUUCAGGCUGGAAGAAUUUUGUUCGUGGAAACCAUUUGAAGAUAGGGGACAUCUGCCUUUUCGAGCUGUUGGAGACUCAGAAAGACAUUUUAAUGGCUGUUCAUAUCAAUAGGAUUUAGUUAAGUUAUUUCACCACAGAUAUUGGCUCAUUAUAUGCUUGUUGUUAUGGCAGCUUUAAUGAUUGUUUUUCUAGUUUUUUCUUUUUUGGAAAUUUGUUCUUCUAGUUAUUUGACUGUGAAGCAGUUGAGGCUGUUAAAGUUAUUUUGUUCUUAUAGUUAUUCA